AUGGCCAUGGCCAAGGACCCCAACCCUGACGCGGAGACCCUGCAAGUACUGCGGGACAUGGCCAAUCGCCUGCGAAUCCACUCCAUCAGGGCCACCUGUGCCUCCAGCUCUGGACACCCUACAUCGUGCUGCAGUGCGGCGGAGAUCAUGGCUGUUCUCUUCUUCCACACGAUGAGAUAUAAACAGACAGACCCCAAACACCCAGACAACGACCGAUUCAUUCUCUCCAAGGGCCAUGCGGCGCCGAUCCUCUAUGCCGUCUGGGCAGAGGUGGGCGAUAUCUGUGAAUCCGACUUGCUGAGCUUGAGGAAGAUUCACUGUGACUUGGAGGGACAUCCUACCCCUCGUCUGUCUUUUGUUGACGUGGCAACGGGAUCCCUCGGGCAAGGAUUAGGUGCUGCUUGUGGAAUGGCUUAUACUGGUAAAUACUUCGACAAGGCCAGCUACCGGGUGUUCUGCCUCAUGGGAGAUGGCGAAUCCUCAGAAGGCUCUGUGUGGGAGGCUUUGGCCUUUGCUUCCCACUACAGCUUGGACAAUCUCGUGGCAGUCUUCGAUGUGAACCGCUUGGGACAAAGUGGCACUGCACCCCUCGAGCACUGCACAGACAUCUAUCAGAAGCGCUGUGAAGCCUUUGGGUGGAACACUUACACAGUCGAUGGCCAUGAUGUGGAGGCUUUGUGCCAAACGUUUUGGCAAGCAACUCAAGUGAAGAACAAACCUACUGCCAUAAUUGCCAAGACCUUCAAGGGUCGGGGUAUUCCAAACAUUGAGGAUGCAGAAGAUUGGCAUGGAAAGCCAAUGCCGAAAGACAGAGCAGAUGCAAUCGUCAAACUAAUUGAGAGUCAGAUACAAACAAACAGAAAUCUCACCCCGAAGCCCCCUGUUGAAGACUCCCCUCAGAUCAGCAUCACUAAUAUAAAAAUGACCUCUCCACCUGCUUACAAAUUUGGUGACCAGAUAGCUACUCGAAAAGCAUAUGGUGUGGCUCUGGCUAAACUGGGUCAUGCUCACAAAAGAGUUAUUGUUCUAGAUUGUGACACAAAGAACUCUACCUUUUCUGAGAUCUUCAAGAAAGAACACCCUGAGCGUUUCAUAGAGUGUUUUUUUGCUGAGCAAAACAUGGUGAGUGUGGCACUGGGCUGUGCUGCACGUGGUCGAACCAUUGCUUUUGCUAGUACUUUUGCUGCCUUUUUGACCCAAGCAUUUGAUCAGAUCCAAAUGGGAGCCAUCUCUGAAACCAAUAUCAACCUUAUUGGUUCCCACUGUGGGGUGUCUGUUGGUGAAGAUGGACCCUCCCAGAUGGCCCUGGAGGAUCUAGCCAUGUUCCGAAGCAUUCCAAAUUGCACUAUUUUCUAUCCAAGUGAUGCUGUCUCAACAGAGCAUGCUGUUUAUCUGGCUGCCAACACCAAGGGAAUGUGCUUCAUUCGGACCAGCUGGCCAGAAACUACAGUUAUUUAUACCCCAGAAGAAAAUUUUGAGAUUGGACAGGCCAAGGUGGUCCGUCACAGUGUCAAUGACAAGGUCACAGUUGUUGGAGCUGGAGUUACUCUACAUGAAGCUUUAGUUGCUGCUGAUGAGCUUUCCCAACAAGGCAUCUCUAUCCGUGUCAUCGACCCAUUUACUAUCAAGCCUCUGGAUGCUGCCACCAUCAUCUGCAAUGCAAAAGCCACAGGUGGCCAGGUCAUCACAGUGGAAGAUCACUACAGAGAAGGUGGUAUUGGAGAAGCCAUAUGUGCAGCUGUCUCGGGGGAGCCUGACAUCCUUGUUCAUCAGCUGGCAGUAACAGAAGUGCCCCGAAGUGGGAAGCCUAGUGAAUUGCUGGAUAUGUUUGGAAUCAGUGCCAGACACAUCAUAGCUGCUGUGAAGUAUACUUUAAUGAACUAAAAUAACCCACUUCUUCUUAACAAAUCAAGUCUGUUAGCUUUGGUCUUACAGCACUGGUGUCUUUAUAUUAAAUUUACACUUGUUACAAAACCAUUGUUUAUACAGUUGUGCCUCUUUUUUUUUUUAGCAAAGCCAUUUAACAAUUUCCCUUCUAAUUCAAAAAUUGAAGCUAGUGAACUUUU